AUGUCACUUCGUACGUAUUUUCUACUUUUUCUAGUGUCUUCGCUAGAUCUUGCCAGCGCAACAACUCCACAUACACAUUGGAAGCGUGGUGGCGACGUUGCGGUAAACGACAAAUGGGCGAACCAUGAUAAAGUCGUCCCUCUUGCGGAAGCUCCUGGCUAUGAUCUCGAUGGCGAGGUCCAGAUGACUUUCAAGCCCCUGAUUCACUCAUGGCACGGCUGUGUUCCAUACGCAGCGGUCGACGCUGAUGGUGCUGCUGGUGCUGGCUUGAAGCCAACGGGUAAAGCUGGCGGUGACUGUCGUGACUUGGGCCAAACUGGUCAGACUUACACGCGAAUCGGAAAAUCCCACGGUCGGACGGGCAUCAUCUAUAGCUACUACCUACCCAAGGUCCAGGGCAACAACGAGCAACACAAGCAUCACUGGAUCACAGCCGUCGUUUGGCUCGCCGUCGAUAAAUGUCCAGACGAUAUCGCCAACUUCUCGCCCCGUGGCGUCGCGUACUCAAAGAAUCCACAAGGUGCUUUCGACACGACGCACAUCACCAAUACCCUAUUCGUCAGCUGGGAGAACUCGGCGACAGCAACACGCCCUAUCCUGGCAUACGAUGCCAGGGUUCCUCUUAUCCCUUCCGCAAAUGGUCCAGAAGGAGCCUUGAGCCCUCCUCUGGUCGCUUGGGAUCGCCUUCCGGCCGCAGCGAAACAGCAGCUGAAUGGCAUCCGAUAUGAGCACACCAGAGUUCCCUUCAGCGACGCCAACUUCCAGGGGACCCUUGACUCUGCCUACAGCAGUAAUUUCUUCACCGGCGUUGGUCCAGACGGUACGGAUUGUGGCGAUGAUACGCCGUCGCAGGACGAGAUUGACCCUGAUUUCGGGGACCCGGUUGCUUCGUCGACUACCAUGCCCGAGCCCGAAGCCACCGGUCUUUCUUAG